AUGCUAGAGUUUAGAGUCGAGCAUGUUCUUAUUGAUGAUGAGCAACCUGUGGAUAUGAAUGGUACUAUUGCUUUGCUGGGUGACCAUUCACGGCAGGGAGUUGAGAAGGCCGAUGCACGACUAAUUGGUUCACAUGCCCGCUUCUCUAGAAGCAUCCAGCUAGUGAAUCUUGCAAGGACCAUUGCUCCUGGCCUGUUCUCUGAGCCGAAAACCACCACAUAUAUCCCUCAACCGCAGCUCCCUGUCCGCAUGCGCUCGAGUAAUCUUGGCCUGGGACACACUUUCGCACGUCCAAUAAUGCUUCUGUGGCGGCUCUUUCCAUCCAAAGUUCGUAUUGCGGCAUACGAUCUGUUACGGAGACUGGGAAGAUGCUUCUAUGGAAAGGAUGGAGAUGCACAGGUUCAGAGGUUACCUUUUGGACUAUACCUCAAGUACAAUUCCAAUCCGGAUACCCUGAGGAAUGAGUAUAAUGCCCUCAAGGUCUUGGAAGCAAAGACAACCAUUCCUGCGCCACGAGUCUUCGAUAUGGUGUGUCAAAAUAAUGACGAGGAUGAUUUGAGUUAUCUUCUCAUAAGUAGGGUUCCAGGCACAUCAUUGGCAAUAUGUCGGGAUGCGCUUUCUGACCAAGACUACGCCAACCUCUCCGCCCAGCUCAAGGACUGUGUGUCACAAAUGCGGGAUAUUUCCAAGCCCGCGAAUAAUGGUAUGGCCAUCUGUAAUACCUUGGGCGAAGCCUGCCGCGAUCCGCGAAUUCGAGAUUGGUCCCCCAUCGGACCCUUUCCAGAUGAAGCUUCUUUUAGCCAGAAUCUACGCUUCUCAGACGAGCCCAGCCGGCGUGGACACAAGAUUGUUUUUACACACGGAGACCUCAACCCUCGCAACAUCAUGAUGGAGAGGAUUAGUAGCUCUGCUGGAGUUAGUGGAUGGCGGCUAAGUGGAAUUAUAGACUGGGAAACGGCAGGAUAUUAUCCUGAGUAUUGGGACUACACUAAGAGCAUGUUUGAAAGCUUUCGGUGGCCAAGAAGGCAUAACAACAUGAUGCAAGACGUCUUCAGUGAGUUUGGUAAUUAUAGCGAGGAAUUGGCGGUAGAGAGACGGGCCUGGGAGUCAGGAGACGGAAUUUGA